AUGUCUGGACGUGGAAAGGGAGCCGGUAAGACCAGAGCGAAGGCCAAGACCAGGUCCUCCAGGGCCGGGCUCCAGUUUCCCGUGGGCCGUGUCCACAGGCACUUGAGGAAGGGUAACUACGCCCGGCGUGUCGGCGCCGGAGCUCCGGUGUACCUGGCGGCGGUGCUGGAGUAUCUCACCGCUGAGAUCCUGGAGCUGGCCGGGAACGCGGCCCGCGACAACAAGAAGACCCGCAUCAUCCCCCGUCACCUGCAGCUGGCCGUCCGCAACGACGAGGAGCUCAACAAGCUGCUGGGCGGAGUGACCAUCGCUCAGGGCGGCGUGCUGCCCAACAUCCAGGCGGUGCUGCUGCCCAAGAAGACUGAGAAGGCCGCCAAGAAGAAUAUUCUGCAAUGGUCGAGUCACGUGACCUGAAUCCAGUUGAGCUGCAUUUCACUAGCUGGGGAU